AUGUCCGCCAAAGCCGAUCUGUCCGAGUUCACCCUCCGUCUCGCCUCCCCCGACCAAGAGGAGGCUUAUUGGCGAGCGACUUUCGCCUUCCGAGCGAGCCAGAUCAAGUCGAAAACUGGGGAAUCGCACCAAGAUGGAGCAUGUAAGAGCUGGGUCCUUGUUAGACGGGAUGACCUGGACGGAGAGGUCUACUCUGGCUGUCAGACGUACCGGCGGAAAAGUCAUCUACUGGCGCCCGGCUCUGCCGAGGUCCAGGAGGUCAUCUCGUACGGGAUCGCGAGCGUUUGCACUCCCGAGAAACACCACCGGAACGGGUUUGCCACACGCAUGCUCUCCCUCCUCCACUACUACAUCUCCCUCCCCUCCACCCUCCCUCCAUUCCCUACAGCCCAAUGGGGAGAAGCCCCCGCACCCCUACCGGCGGACGUCCAGGCCUCGCUCCCGCCCGCCGUAGCCUCCAUCCUCUUCAGUGACGUGGGCAGCACCUUCUAUUCGCGAUCGACCAUCGGCGUGGACCGUCCAGGCUGGAUUGUAGCCGACGAGGACAGCCAACAGAUUUCUUGGAAAAUGGCCCCGCCGAAGGGGACCAGCUCGUCCAGAGGUUGGAUAUACCGCCAGGACCUCGGUGCGGUGGCCAAGGAGCUCUCGGCGGCGGCACGGAAACGCACGGCGGCCGAUCACAAGUCGUCGGACGUGCCGGUCUGGUCCACCGAUCCAGCGUCGACAGGAACUAUGGCCUACGUUCCCGCCAUGGCUAUGGAUGACCGUCCGGCCGAUUGGCCAUACUCCGAGGCUGAUGAGCCGUGUGGUCUCCGUAUCCCGGCCACUCAGCCGGACCAGGAAGAGUGCAUCGUCCUCUUCACCGGGUCGCACGAGACCCCUCUUGGAACUGGUAUCGCAAUCACCUAUACGCAUAACCUGGACGCUGAGCGUUUGCCGACUCUGCUGGAAGCGCUGGAUGAGUGCGGGGCGAAGAUGGGCUUGAAGGAAGGGAUGGUGUGGGGCUAUGGGCCGGACAGUCCGCUCGGGCGAGCGUGGGCGGAAAGUGGGCGAUUGUUGACGGCGGGAAAGAGGCCGGAGCGCAAGGGACAUUUGGGAUCUAACCUCGACCAAGCGCAUGUACUCUCGAAGUUUCGCCAUGCCAUUGUGACCAUGCCAAGCAUACUCAAAUCUCUUUUCAAAUCUACCCUCCCCUCCCGCUCCAAACCCAGUCGCCACCCUCAACCCCUUUCCCCGGGCGCGUUCUCCGAUUUUGACCGGUCAUCCACCUACUCUACCGAGGACCUCACACAACUCACCGCGCAGCUCGCGCGUUCGCUCGCAUCACAUACCUCUGACCCAGCGGACCAGGCCAGAUCUCGCAAAGACAGCAAAAGCAAGGGGAAGAGCAAAGACAAGCUGAAGAAACCAAAGUCGAGGGGCGCGUUCGCAGACGCCUUGCAUCCUGCCAUCCAGGCGAUCGAGGCUGGAAACGUGAGCAGGAUUGACCCGUAUUAUCCUUCUCAGUCCCAGGUGUACCCUCCUCAAGGUCAUACUGGUCCUUCAACCCAUCAAGGCGCUUCUUCGUCCUACCACACCCAAGCCGUCCCAUCGCCCGCGCAGGCUAGCUUCAUCCCGCCGAAAUAUGCGGCAUCGCAGCCUUCAGCCGGGGAUGAGUGGAGUCUUGCCUUCCAGUGCUGUUCCGCUGCUCUCGCUUCGGCGGAGCAUCUCGCACAGCAGCGGUCGCUCCUCCCUCGCAGGAAGAAGCUGGCGGACCGCUGCGUCAGCCUGCUAGACGCCCAGAGGGAUGAGCUGUUCGCGAUGCGGCCCUGGGCGGAGGAUAAACAAUUGCCGAUGUUUCGAACCCUCACUCAGGUCUAUAACGAGAUCAUCAACGCCCUCGAUCAGGUCACCCCAGAUAAUCAACACGACAUCCACGGGCUCCUCACCGUCGUUCAGGUCCUACAAGAAGGUCCAGACUAUCUCAUCGAUAUCGGUCUCGUCGAGUGCAUCAUCUGGCAAUCCGAAGUCAUUGAUCCAGCGUACGGCGCGGACAUCCGGAAUUUGCUAGACGAUGCUGUGGCUGCUCAGGUCGGACUAGUCGAAUUUCGAAGAAGACUGGAAGUCAUGAUUGAGGUGGCAUUGGCUCCGCCGGCUGGAGCGGUAGAUAAUGAUCUGGGCAGAGAUGCAUUGGACGCUAUUCGGCGGUUUGUCAAACAGCUCAUCAUCAAGCUGGAAAGCCGUAUCGGAGCUCAUACUGCCAACCCCUUCGAAUUCAGCACCGCUCCUCUCCCUCCCACACUAUCUACCCCUACUCCCUCUCCCCCAGCUUCGUCCUCCGGCUCCUCCUCCCCGGCCACUCACACGCCCCAUAACGCCCAAACCCUACAACAGACAUACGGUACCGGCCCCCUUCCCCCCGUCUCCCAUCCCUCCCCUUACCCUACUCGCCGCGCACCCUCCCCCACCCCCUCCUCUACAUCCACCUCAUCCUCCCAGAAAUCCAUCUUCGAAUACCGCGGCCACCGACUCACGCGCUCCGCCCUCGAGCUCGUCCAGACCCAAGAAAGACUCGCCACGGCCGACUCGUCUGGCCAGUAUGCGGGCGAAGUAUCCUGGGAUGACCUGCGGAAUGCGUGGGUGCCGAAGUGGGCCGAGAAGCUGCGGAGCGACGAGGUGGCAGAUGGGGAAGUACCGGAUACGAAUCCUGCGAACUUUAGAGAGAAGAAGAAGGAUGCGUGGGGGAAUCGGAUCGGGUGGUAUGAGGGCAGAAUGUACUAUGAGGAAGAACCCAAUUUUGAUCUUCGCUAG